CGAGAAGAGAACCCAAGAAGGCAUGCGUCUCCUCUAGAUCAUGUAUGGAAGUGCCAUAAUUCCGUUUACCCCAGCGUUCCCUACUAUGAACGAACGAAGUCCUCUCAUGCGCCUAUCCCGCGAACUGCGCGACAUCAUCUAUGAGUACGCGCUCUACGAGCCCAAAGGACUUUUCGUCUACAGAGAUCAAGAUUACAAGGCAACCUUUUGCUGCUCCAGACGCGAUCAUGCCGACUUCAACCAGCUGAAAUACGUAUGCCGGCAAUUAUAUCACGAGACGCACGGCCUCGAGCGGCGGCUCAACGAACUCGUACCCGCCGGGGUCUUCCGUACGGCUCCUAGGUCUGCUCAAGAUGCUCACAGAGACACGGUGGUUCGACAUUCGGCGCGUUCACUUGCGGGCCGUGCGCUUAGUCGGAAUGAGCCUAUCCCCCUCGACAGUUGAUCGUCUACUGGUGCUAGAUACACCCUCAGAUGACAAUAUUCGGGGAGUCUUCGAAAGCCCAAAACGUUUGCUAUAAGACUCCCAAAGACUUUAUUGUCAAGGUCCCAGGGUCUGAACCACUGACGAGCGCGUUCAGUACCAUUUAUUGUCCCGAAGCUUCGAUGAAUGCCCGGCGGUAUCUUCUGACUCUCCUGGAUCUGUCUUUGAGCUUGGUCACGCUUCCAUUUGCGCCAAACUUGUCUCACACGAUCAGAGUCAAACAUAAUGAGCGUGGUAUAAGCACGGAAUCCUAAGGCUUACCAGAGAAGCUGGUGCAAAUGCAGGAGGAGAAUGUGCGGCUGCGUGAGUGCUUUUCCGCGGCGAAAGCCCGAUGAAGACACCGCAGCGGACGAGGGCCAGGAAACGAAGCAACGGGGGGCGCAGCCGGGUUGUGGGUUGAAGAAUAUACUAUGCAUAAUAGUUAAG